AAGGGCUUGGCAUAUAAAAAGUGUAAGGGGCAAAAACAGAAGAAAGCUGACACUUUUUCUUUUUCUCUAUACAAAACGAAAUUGGUCAAGAAUAUAAGAAAGCCAGAAAGUGAAGUGUUUGAGGAUGACAUCGCUGAGGAACUUGAAACCAGUUUGUCUAGACCAAGACGUGUGCAGGUGGGUAGUGUCAGGUGGAUGUACCAUACUCUGUUAUUUUAAUACAGAAAGCCCAAACAAGUGAUGAUGAUCAAGUGAUGCGCUCCCUGCAUAUGGAAUUGACUUGUUCAUGAAAAAUCUAAACCGAAAUUCAUCGUUUGUGUUGGGGACACCUGCGCGUCACGACAAAGGGCUAAAUUUUAUUUCUUUUUUAAGGUUCAACCAGGAGAAUACUAUAGACUGGAGAGUCACCUUGAUGAUAUCAUGACUCCAAUUCCUGCAUUGAUGCGAUCGCUAUGUCUAGAUGAGGAAGAGGAAGAAGAAUACCUUCCAACACCUACACCAAAUCGCGGGCUGGAAGUUCUAAAUCAGCAUAUUGAAAGAUUAAGCGGUGGAAGAAUUAGUCCGGUGCGCUUUCAACUCACCCAGCCAAUUCAAGAUGUGGCCAGAAGCACACGCUCCUACAUAAGACGCAAGUCAAAAGAAUUAGUAGGAACAACACUAGAAUGUAUUGCACCAGGGCAGUCUAAUGAACUUCUUGCAUUGGUCGCAAAUCCAACGCCAAUAGAACCUGAACCAGUAAACAACAUUAUGGCGACCCUGCUUUCACUUUAUGAAGGCGCGACAUCUUGGUAUACAAAAAUGACAAUCUUGUCUAUUUUUGCGCAGCACUACACUAAAACGCAACUGAAAGAACUGGUUCCAGGCCUCACAACCUGGCGAACUGAUCAAGCAAUAAAGCAUGCUGUGGUUGUUGGUGCAGGCCAUUCUGAAGUUAGAGAACCCGUGAUGCGUUAUCGUCUUGAAGGAGAGAAAGUCGACCACUUCCUGGAUUUUAUAAGUAGCCCUCACUACCUUCAGGAUGUAGCCUAUGGUACAAGGAAGAUAAAAAUGUCAUCUGGAGAAUGAUUGGAGAUACCUGACUUAGUGCGCACUGUUAUUAGUUCCAGAAUGGUCAAACUAUAUCAGUUGUAUUGCAGUGAAGUUGGCUUUCAACCUCUUGGUAGAUCGACCCUAUUUUCUAUCCUUAAGGUAAAGAAAAAAUAACUAGAGUAGUCUGAACUAUUAACUGUGAUUUUGGUCAGAAUUAACAAGAGUGUAAAAUAGCGGCUGCAAGUACUCUAGACUCUUUGGUUGUGGGAAGCAGGAUAAAAAGCCACGUUAUGUAGUGAUGUGUUACCAAAUUUUUUCUUUCACAGAUAUGUGCAGCUUCCCAGAAAAAGUCCCUUGCCGGCCUUGAUAACGUCACAAGCGAAGGUGCAUCAGCAUUUGAUACAUUGGAAAAGGUUGUAGAAACUAUGACAUCUCUAGGUACGCUUAACCUACCACCUGUAUGUUAGUAACCAACCCCACCGUCUAUUCUGCUUUUAUGCCCUAUUUAAUUUUUGAUCGCUUGUAGAUGACUUUGCUAGGUGAGAUUUAGAGUAUAAGCCGAUUUAUUUGUACUUGCUGUAGGUUCAUCUCUCCAGUGGGCUGAUAACGUUAGACAAAGGGUACGAGCAGCUAAACGAUACUUAAAAGCUGAUUACAAACUUCACGUGUUGGAGGAGAGUCCCUGUGCUGAUCACUGUAUACGAUUCGCCCUAUCAUCCGAUGAUGUCCAGUACAAAACGGCCUGUGACCAUGAACACACUAUGCAGUGUGAUCGAUGUUUAGAUUGUGCUAACGUCGCUCACGACAUCAUUUCUGGACUAGAAAGUGGUGAUAUUUCGUUUAGGUAAAAAAUACAGUUGCAUACUAUUAGACAUAUGCCAAAUAUUUAUGACUUUCAGGAAAACGCGACCCGCACUUUUUGUUGCAAACAUUAAGGUUGGCACCCUUGUCCCUAGCGUCUGUUACACGGGAAAAAAGAAACAACGACAUCAAGAACAAACAAACAAAAAAGUAGAAGUUUGUCGCUUACAAGUGCCUUAACCUUUGUCUAAGGCUUUCUUCAUUGUACGAUAUAUUGUUAACAGCCAAUGCACAAGAGAAGUGAAAAAGCGCGAACAAUUAGUAUUCAUUCCCUUUCCAUUCUUCCGUGUACUCAUCUCGCUUGGUGAAAUCUCCAAAAGAGCAUUUUCUGUAAUGUUGUCAUUAUUUCAAAAUCAAUUUUUUUUCAGUUACCAGGAACAGAAAGAAGAGCUCAAAUAUGACAUCGAGAAAGCCACUGAAAGAAUUAUGGACUGGAAAUCGCACAUAGUGAGAGCUACCAACCAAGAAAAAGCCAAAAUAAACAUUCUUGAUAAUCUUACUGAGCGGCAGGUGCUAGUGGUGAUGGAUUGGGCCAUGAAAUGGCUCCCAAGAAGCUACAGAGAAACCCAGGCAGAAUGGUUUGGGAAAAAAGGAGUCAGUUGGCAUGUGUCGGCCUGCAUAACAAGACCUGAUAACGAGGAAGCGGAGUUUGACGUAAACAAAUUUGCUUUCUGAUUCUAAUUAUCUUUAAACUUCAAAGCACGUCGCUUGAAUUGAUUUGUCAGAAAAAAAUCAGUUUCAUUCCUUACGAACAAGCCAUAAACGCACGUGUAAUGCAUUUUUUUUCGUGCUAGCUGCUCUAUAGAGGCAUAGUUUUUGCGGAAGAUGAAGUGAAAGAUAUAUAUUUUUUGCCCCAGUCAGUUGGAGUGCAUGUAAAAUAAACAGACAUGUGCUCCGUAUGUGGACGGAAACGCAGAUCUAGUGAAGUGUUGUAAGUGAGACGACGGGAAUCAAUGGCAGAUCUAGGGGGAGGCUGGGUCCCUGGGGGACUCGGGCAACCACCUUCUUCUUAGGUCAAACUGAGGCCGCAAGGCCGACAUGAUAUAUAUGUUCUGGAUAAGCAGAGACUCUCUGCUAAGUUGAAGGUGUGAAUCCGCUAGUGAAAAUACAGGUCCACUCAGGUUUAAGUUUGGACAGUGGGCGCAUGUUUUCCCCACCCAGGCUUAUAAAUAUACCGCUGGUUACAUGUAACUUUUCAUGGAUUAGCACCCCGUUGAGAGGAGAGAGAGAGAGAGAAUUUACGUCACUUCACUCGGAAAUAUGACAAGAUCGGGGUUCCUGGGUCUUCUUGUUUUUUUUCUGAGUUGUCGUUACUCGAGGUAAGCCGGGAGAGCAAUGAAGGCGUUUGUAAUCGAUAGGCUACAGUUAGCGUUACAUUAAAAAUUUUUAAUGCUCAUUUUGUUGCAAUCUUUUUGUAUUUUUUUCUUUCCAAAGGUUCGGACUUUUGUUCACAUUCUUGAUAAAGGCAACCAAGAUUGGUUUGCAGUCUUAUCAAUUCUGGAAGACCUUGUUCAGCAGCUUAAGCGGUUGUCCCCACUUCUGAAAGAACUAUUUUUACGAAGUGACAACGCUGGCUGCUACCAAAACGCUGCGUUACUUAUCAGUGCGCCAACCAUUACAAGAACACGGGGGUUGGCGCUUAAGAAUUACAGCUUCAGUGAGGCGAACAGCGGGAAAGAUGUCUGCGACAGAAAGAUCGCACCCCUCAAAGCACACAUCGGAAGAUAUCUUAAUGAAGGUGAUAAAUAGUUUCAGGGCUAUUAAAAAUUAAUAAGAGGCUGUAAAAAUAGUAAAGUUAUUUGCAUUUCCGAAGACCACAAAAAGUCCGACGAGCAACAAAAAACGUAUUGCGUUUUAAUUGGCCCGCCAACGGUUCACAGCACCCUUCUUUUCACAGUUUUUACCGAUAAUUCUGUCUUGUUUUAGGUCACGAUGUUAUAACAGCGCGUCAAUUAAAGGAAGCUAUUGACUCCUAUGGGGGAAUAAAGGGCUGUCGAGCAUCAGUGAUUGAAUUAAACACAAGAAAACAAACAACUAACGCGCCCAAGUUAAGUGGUAUUAGCCAGUUAAACAACUUCGAAUAUACUGAAGAUGGUGGAAUGACUGUCUCGAAGGCGUUUAAAGUUGGAGAAGUAGGAAAAUUUCCAAACAAGAGCUUUCUAAGGUGGGCCAGCCACAGAGUGAGACAGGGGUGAAAGUAAUAUUGCCUUUUUGUGAUCCAGUUAACGCUACCGGGUUGUUAACGAAAGCUUCGACGCGGCCGCCUGGUGACCAAACCAAACAGACCGUCGUUUCUCCUACAAAUGACGAGGGCCUUCCUUGGUUCACUUGCCCCGAACAGGGCUGUAUCAACACGUUCAGAAAAAAUCAAACCCUUCAGAGACACUUGGACUUUGGCCGCCAUGAGAUUAAACUCCACGAAGAGUCACAAUAUGACCAGAUCAGACACAAAUGGGCUGAGCAUUGCCUAAGUUUGAAACCACAAAAUCCCUCCUGUGCCUUAACGGCCAGUUCGUCCUUUGGAGUAACGGAAAAAAAUGUUUUGUGUAUGGGGUGGGCGCAGACUAAAUCAAAGCGAAGAAGCAGGUUUUCUGUUAAAGUUAAGAACUAUCUGCUCGAGCAGUUCAUGAUUGGUGAAGAAACUGGUCGGAAAGUCACCCCUGCCGAAGCUUCAGCACGAAUGCGCACAGUACGUACCGAGGAGGGAGCUCGGAUAUUUGGAAAGACGAGUGGCUCACUCCCCAAC